GGAGAAAACCAGAAAAUAGACAAGUGACUUCGAGAAUAAACUAAAUGUAGUGUAAUGUGUUGAAGUGCAAACCCCCUUGUCCACGCACCGACUUCGAUUUGAAUUUGGUUUUCCUCAGAGAAGCGACGUCUUAAUUCUCUCCAAUUUAUGCAAAGCUUUGAGUUUCUCCCGGGAAUUUGUAAUGGCGUCUUUGAUAUUCAACAGCAUCUCUAUGUCCGUUUCAGACGAUGAUUCUAACGAGUGGAAAAGGAUGGGAGUGUCAGUUCGAAGGAAAUGCAAGAAAUUUGGGGGUGUCCAAGCUAAUACGGACCAUUUUUUCCGGCCAACGUUUCGGAAGCUGCUCAAGUGGUGGUGGGUCUUUCUCUUUCUUCUCGCAAUCGGGUUGCUUGUAUUCCAGGCAUCGAGGAUUGCUGGAAAGUCCAUUCACGGGUCGAAGUUGGAAUUCGUUGCAGAAAAGAAGGCGAUAGGGAAUUCAAGUCGUCUCAAUCCCAGGCUUAGGGUAGUUGGAGGCGUCAGAGAACUUAGAAAGUCAAGAGUCGGAACGAAGUUGAAAUUUCUCGCAAAGAAGAAAGUAGAGGGGAAUUUGAAUCGUCUCGAUCCGGUGACCAGGAUAAUUGGGGGCGCAAGAGAACGUUGCUUGAAGCUCUUGCCUCCCGAAAAACUCAAGAAUCUUGGUAUUCCUGUGGUUCGAAAACCCAACUUUCUUGUUAGAAGAGUAGUGUACAAGUCAGAUAUUGAUACAUCUUAUUCUAUUCCAUUACAGAAGCAAAUGGAGACAAGAUUUAAUUUAUUCGCAGGGAACCAAACUCUUCAUGAGAGAAAACAAAGUUUUAAGGUGAAUGAAACUGCUGUGGUGCAUUGUGGAUUCUACAGUGAGAAAGGAGGGUUUAAGAUUUCUGAUGAUGACAAUAAUUACAUGCAAGCUUGCAAAAUUGUUGUAUCCACAUGUGCAUUUGGUGGUGGUGAUGAUCUCUAUCAACCAAUUGGAAUGUCAGAUGUAUCACUUAGAAAGGUCUGCUAUGUUGCAUUUUGGGAUGAAAUCACACGUGCAGCUCAGGAAGCAGCGGGGAGGAGAAUUAGUGAGAACAAUAUGAUUGGUAAAUGGCGCAUUGUGGUUGUCAGGGAUCUUCCUUUCACAGAUCAACGGCUGAAUAGUAAAAUCCCUAAGAUGCUGGGCCAUCGAUUGUUCCCUCAAGCAAGGUAUUCAAUUUGGGUAGACUCUAAAUCUCAAUUCCGUAGGGAUCCACUGCGAGUUCUGGAAGCCCUUCUUUGGCGUACAAAAUCCACACUUGCAAUUUCAGAACAUGGACGUGGUAGCAUCUAUGAAGAGGGUAAAGCUGUAGUGAAGAAAAACAAAGCAACCCCAGAAGAGGUGGAGGUGCAACUGGCUCAGUAUCGCAGUGAUGGUUUUCCUGAUGAUAAGAUGUUUAAUGGCAAGAAAGCUUUAGCUGAAUCAUCUGUCAUCGUGAGGGAGCACACACCAUUGACAAAUCUGUUCAUGUGCCUCUGGUUCAAUGAAGUAGUUCGAUUCACUUCACGGGAUCAACUAAGCUUUCCAUAUAUUCUCAGGCAACUUAAGGUGCUUAAGAAUGUAAAUUUGUUCCCUACCUGUACCCGCAAAGACCUUGUUAAUAGCAUGGGCCACAAUCGGAAAGUUAAACCUCUGAUAAUAUGAGAUUUCUUUUUGGUGCAGUAAAAUUUCCAUUUUCCAUUUCUGCAUCACUAAGAAUGCAGAUAUCAUGUAUCAUUUUUUCUACAAGGCAGAUAUCAUGUAUCUUGUAUCAUCCAACAUUUUAUCUAGUAUAAAUUCAGUUAUCAGAAUUGCUGGUUUGUUUACA